AUGGCUGAUACCAGAGACGGCCCGCGGACCUCCGUCAUCACUACCCCCUCCCCUUCAUACACCCGCGUUCUCUAUGCGCAAGCGGAGCUGACGGAUCGCAAUCUUCUAGCACAACGACACCCGAAUCUCCACCUUACUCCGGAGGAAAAGCGCGUCUUCUUCCAGCUUUUCCAGGCUGCUGAUACCACUAACCUCGGCGUCAUUACUGGCGAAAUCGCCGUUCCUUUCUUUGAGAAGACUCACCUAUCUCCGGAUACUCUCGGACUGAUAUGGCAAAUUGCGGAUAAAGAGAACAGGGGCCUCCUGACCCCGUCUGGCUUCGGUAUUGUUCUGCGAUUAAUUGGACAUGCCCAAGCUGGCCGUACACCCUCCGACGAGUUGGCUCUGCAAAGUGGCCCUCUGCCUCGUUUUGACGGAAUUGUGGUCGAUACGACGGCAGGCAUCCCGGAAUCGGGAACCAAAAGCCCUCCACCUGGAGCGAAUGGGCCUAUCCGUGUUCCUCCACUUCAGCCGGAUGAUGCCAACAAAUUCGUCUCGCUGUUCGAGAAGUCCGACGUCAAGAAUGGAAUGAUCUCAGGUGAAAUCGCAAAACAGAUAUUCGAACGCGCCCGCCUCCCAAAUGAAGUUUUGGGCCGUAUCUGGUUUUUGUCUGAUACCAAGCAGCGAGGUGCCUUGGAUGCCACCGAAUUUACCAUUGCCAUGCAUCUCCUGACGUCAUAUAAAUCUGGCGCUCUGCGCAACAUUCCAGCGACCCUCCCACCUGGUUUGUACGAUGCGGCAGCUCGAAGAGGAUCCGCACGGGCGUCAUUUGGAUCGAGACCCAAUGCGCCCCCCGUCCCGGCCAUUCCCCAGCAAUUUACUGGCCCCCAGAGAACCACAAGCCCCAUGAGCCAAGCCAAUCGUUUGCCUUAUGUAGGUUCUAUUUCCGCCCAGGCCACCGGGGGCGAUUGGUUGAUUACCCCACAAGAGAAGGCCCAGUUUGAUAGCAUUUUUGAGACUGUUGAUACAGCUAAGUUGGGACUCAUUACUGGAGACCAAGCUGUCUCUUUCUUUAUGAAAGCCCAGCUCCCUGAAGAAACGCUCGCUCAAAUUUGGGACCUUGCGGAUAUCGACGCAGACGGCCAGCUGAGCCGGGAAGAAUUUGCCGUGGCUAUGUACUUGGUGAGAAUGCAGCAUAGCGGCAAGGAGCCGUUGCCACAAGUGGUCCCGCCCGCGCUCAUCCCGCCUAGCAUGCGCCGCCAAGUGCCUGCACCAAUGGCAGCCCCCACUCCUCCCCCGGCGCCCGCCCCCGCUGUGCGGACAGCUGCCGAUGAUUUGUUCGGCCUCGAUACGCCCGCACCGCCAUUCGCCCAGCAUCAGAGCAUCCCCUCAGACGGCAUCGCACACCUUCAAGCCUUUUGUUCCAACUUCUACAUUUGGCCAGAGCUUGCAGCCACAGAUCACUGGUGCAUCAGCUGGAACCCCGACAGGAGUUCGCUCCCCCCACCUCCAUCGGAUGAUCUCCUUGGUGACAAUGAUCCUGAAGAAUCAAACAAGUUGACCAAUGAGACUGCUGAGCUUGCGAACUUGUCCAACCAAAUUGGCUCUCUAGCCAAGGAAAUGCACACCGUGCAGGAGAAGAGGACCCUUGCUGAACAAAAUAUUACACAAACUUCGCAGCAGAAGCGUGACUUUGAGGCACGUCUUGCACAAGCGCGGUCAAUGUACGAGCAAGAAGUUACCAAUUUCAAGGCACUUGAGGAGCGCCUCAAGUCAUCCAAGGCAGAGACGCAGAAAUUGCAGCAGCAAUAUGCAUUGUUGGACGGCAGCCGCCAAGAUCUGCAAAACCAAUAUACUCAAGUUUCGACAGCCUUGGCUACCGAUGAGCAGGAGAAUGCUAGCUUAAAGGAGAAGAUCCGCCAGGCUAAUGCUGAAGUUGCCCAGCUUAAGCCUGUACUCGAGAAGGCGCGAUCUAGUGCGCGCCAACAGAAGGGUCUUGUUGCCAUUAACAAAAAGCAACUGGCCACCGUCGAAGGCGAACGGGACAAGCUCCAGGGCGAAAUUGACGGCCUGGCUACGGAGACCCCACAGUAUACCGACGAGUCUGCGACACCAGCCAGCAGUGUACGGGAUGUUGCAAGCCCUGCUGUGUCUACGGCAAGCCAAAACACAAACCCAUUCUUCCGUCGAACAGGCAGCUCGAGUGAACAGGCACGCUCCCCCGAUGUUUCAAAUGAUCAGCAAAGGGCAUUCGACAGCCUCUUCGGACAGUCAUUCGCAGCUGUCCCUCCUGCCGGACCACCACCCACUUCGUUCCGCUCCGAGUCGCCACAAGUUGCAGUCGCAUCUCCUGUUACAUCUGCUGUUACAACCCCAUCAGUCUCUCCUCCUCCUGGAUCUUUGCCUGGUGCAUUCCCUGUUGGGCCCUUCUCUGAGCCACCGCCUCCGAGUCAGUCCCGACAGAUGACCCCAAACUUCCUACAGUUCAAUGAUAAUCAGUCUGUGACUUCAUCUACUAUGGUCUCGCCUCCUGCUAGUCGAUUCGGUGGCCCUGAACCCUCUGGAUUUGAUACGCUUUCUCAGGCGGCUACCAGUGACAAUGGACAUCAAUCAGUGACAGAAUCUAGCGACUACAGUCGUGCACCAACCUCAACUGUUGGAGCUACCCCGGCACGGUCUCCGUUUGACGAAGAAGGACAAGAGACCUCUGCUAGGUUCCCUGAGGUCCCAGCCGCAACUGCUAAGCAGCCCGAAUCUGCAACAUCCCCUAUCGCCAAAGAGAGCGAGGUCGAAGCCAGCAAGGACCUAAGCUUUGAUGAGCUGUUUGGCAGCAAGGCACACAAACGGUCGGAAUCCCAGCAAGGUAACGACUUCGAGGAGGCGUUUGCUUCUAUGAAGCCUGUAGCUGGAACCGAGCGGGCAAAUGGAGCUGCAUCAGCCGGUCCAUCCGAAUUCCCCCCGAUCCAAGAGCUACACCAUGACGAUGACGAAGACGAGAGCUCUGACGACGAGGGUCCUAUGGGGUUCGAUGACAACUUCACGCCUCCUGCACCGGUUGCCAAGAAGGAGACCCAGCAGGAUUCCAUUGACGCUGCUCAACUCGCUGCUUUCCCUGCCCCGGGAAACUCAAACAACCCCCCGUCUCUCGAGGCACAGCAGAGCCCUCCAGGGUAUGAAGCCCCCAAAGAAGAUAACGUUCACAUUCCUCCUCAAUUCGAUGGCCUUUUGCCCGAGCGCGUCGAUCCCACCGCGGCGCCGGAUGCGCCUCAUUCAGUGGACCACGCCACUGGGGCGCCAGUCGUGAGCAAUGAGACCCAACGAGACUCUGUCUCGGAUGCCGCCAUCCCCCCGGUGGGAGGACCGGACUUUGAGGCGGCUUUCGCGGGGAUGAACCUUGCACCCGCGGCCGAAGUAGAUGACGAUGACGACGACGAGCCGCUGAGUCACGAAGCCAAGAACACGACGGAUUUUGACUUCUCUUUCGACACUCCGUCCCAAAAACAGCAGGCUGUCUCCGGUGCCGAUGAUAGCCAAUCCAGCUCCUCUCAGUUCUUCGCUUUCGAUAACAACGUUCAUGCAUCCGCUGUCCCGCCUGUUGGAUCGCCCAGCGAGGGCGAGCCAAAGCCGGCUUCUCAAGAAUGGGACGCUCUCUUUGCGCCUCUUGAGAACUCCAAGCCCGAUACCGGUGACGACUCGAACGGAGCGAAAUCCAAGCAGCCUGGAUGGGCUCUGAACAACGACACUGGCGAAGAUGAUCUGAUCCUUCAACGGCUGACCGGCAUGGGCUUCACACGGGAUGAGUCCUUGGAUGCCUUGGAGAAGUAUGACUACAAUCUUGACAAGGCUGCGGACCACUUGACUUCGAAGACUUGA